AUGUUCAGGCGAACCAGUUACUUGUGCGGAGGCACAGCUCGAGAUGAGCCUGCUGAUGGGCGUCAAGGAGGAAGGUGCGUCGCUCCAGGGUAUGGGCACCUGUGUCGCUCUUUCGAGGCCACCGAGGAUGCAGCUUCGGCCAUCCACUCAUCCCCUAGUCAACUGUGUGCUGUUUCAAGCUACAAGAAGAGGAAACAGCAUGGCCCAUGUCCCACCCUCACUGCCGCCACACGACGGCAUGAUCAUUUAUGGCAUAGCAUAUUACUAUUACUGUCUGGGCAUGGUACCACGUCGAAACGGUCCGCUGUGUCAUCUGGAACGGGUGGUGGUCUGCCGAGCGCAGUCGCGCGAGAGCGGCGGAGAAGAGAGCGAGAGGAGCAGAGGGAGAGCGCAUCGGAGGACGGGAGGAGUGGAGAAAAAGACGCACAGAGCGCAGAAGCGAGAGCAGGAAGGACCGAACACGCAAAGCAUGGUAUGCGAGAGGACGAGAAGAAGAUGACCACGGUAAGGAGCGCAGAGGUAGACGAGAGAACAGAGAGGCGGAAAGAGCGACGUCGGAAGCGGAAGAGCGAGAAGAGAGACACGAAGAAGCAACAGAAAACGCGAGAACAAACGGCAAAGAGCCAAGCACCGCUAGAGCGCAAAAGCCAAGCGGCAAAUGAGACGAGACGCAAGGAGCGCACGGCAGAGCGAGAGUUAGCUCAACCACAAUCGAGACGAACAACAGGACAAAGCACGGCCGACGAAAAUACAAUAGAACGAGGAGUAGUCGCGCAGAGUCGCCAGAGACGAGAGGAGCGAGACGAGGAGACGGCGACAGGAGCCGAAGGACGUAGGAGAGCAGCGGGGAAGAACGGCCGAGCGCGCGCGAGAGACGCCAGCGAGGCGCCUCAGACCCCAGAGCGGCGAAUCCCCAGCGGGGGCCGCAACAGGCAGCGCCUCGCAGACGCCCGGAAGAGACACGCUAAAAGCGCACACCCACGCCGCCGGAAGACAGCGGGACGAAAACGCGUCCGGCACACCGCAUAA